AGCGGAAGUAAACAAAACAAGCGCUAACAGCGUUAGCUCAAUAGAUGUAUGGAUGUAGCUGGGGGAUGAUGGUGUAGUUUUCGAUAAGAAAUAGUUUACUUGUAAUUAGAAAACAAUGUGUUCAGUUGAGUCUUUGAGAGAGUUUGUCAACGAGCGACUAACUGCUGCUGCUGAAGAAAUAUUGGGAGUUUUUCAAAGAAGCAUCGUCGAGUACGAGGAAGAGAUCGAUCGUCAGCGCAGACUGUUGGAUAUCGUUUUGAAGCCUGAAAUAAAGUUACACAGGACAGAGCUCCCACAGCAACAUGUGUGUAAGGAGGAGGAGGUUGUCCCUGAGCAGCAGCUCUGUAUUGAGGAGAGGAAGUCCAGUGUGGACCAAGAGGAGCCAGAGCCUCCACAGAUUAAAGAGGAAGAGGAGGAAGUGUGCAGCAGUCAGGAGGGAGAGCAGCUUGUAGUGAAGCAGGAGACUGAUGGCUUUAUGUUGACUCCUGCUGAUGAGGAAAGUGAGCACAGUGAAGAUCAGACUCUGGACUUCAUUCAUGAUGACACUCAAAGUGCAGCACAGAAAGAGUCUGAAGUCAAUAUACCAUUUGUAAACUAUGUGAUACCAAACAGUGACUAUCAGCUGCUCUGUCACAACUCUCAUGUAGCUGAGAGCCAAGAUGAGGAAGAAUACCAGCAUGGAGACUCAGGAUCAACUAGAAACACAGAGCUUCAAGCUAAGAGCUUCAAGAAAAGACAUCAUGAAAGCAAUAAUCACAGUAACUCUUCCAUGUCAGAGAUUCACUGUAAAACUCACACAGCUAAAAAAUCUUUCAAAUGUGACACUUGCGGGAAAGCUUUAAAGUUUAAGUGCCAUUUAUAUACACACAUGAGAAUCCACACAGGUGAGAGGCCGUACCCUUGUAAAAUAUGUGGAAGAGAUUUCAGAUAUAAUCGUGACUUGAAAGUACACAUGAGGACACACACUGGUGAAAAUCCGUUUAUAUGCAAAACAUGUGGGAGAAGUUUCAGAGAGAACAGUUACUUGAAACUCCACAUGAGAGUCCACACAGGUGAGAAGCCGUUUGAAUGCACAACAUGUGGGAAAGCUUUCAGACGAAGAAGUAACUUCAAUGUCCACAUGAGAACCCACACAGGUGAAAGACCGUACCUUUGCAUGACCUGCGGGAAAAGAUUUUGCGAGAUGUCUUCCUUGACGAGGCAUAUAAGAAUCCACACGGCUCAACUGCUGGAGGUCAAGUUAAAGUAUAAUUUGAUACUGUUUGAUCAGUGGAGCUGCUUCAUAUUGAUCAAACAUGUCUGCAGUGGAGGAAUCUAACUACAUGUACUCGAGUACUGUAUGUAUGUACAAUAUUGAUUGUCUUCAGAUGACAGAGAUGAAAGUACAUUCUACAUCGAUAUGAAGCGUUGAAUACUUUAAAUAAAACCAAAAAAAGAGA